CACGCUCCUCCGCAAAUUGUCUUGGGCAUCAGCCGGGCACCGAGCCGCUCUGGCCGCUCUGGAGCUGGGGUGGGUUAUUGCGUGUGGUGGUUGUUGUGGGAGCUCUCCGGGCACGGCAGCCCUGCAGGGAGGUGGAAACGAAUGGCUCAGCCCUGCGGUGCCCCUGUGAUGAAGCAGGUGGCUGCUUAGUUGUGUAGCGUAACAAAAAGAAGAGUUUGUGUGGAGCAGUGGGUCGGUCGGGUGCUGGGUACGCUGCAGUUUCAAACAGGGAUGCUCACUACCACCCUGGGAGAUCAGGGGAUCACAACCUUUGCAUUAUAACAACCACCCUCACUCAGUUGGUACUUACAGACUGUGAUCAAGUCACCCCUUCACCUUUUCUUUGACAAGCUAAAUAGACUUUAAUCUUUCACUAUAAGGCAUGUUUUCUAAUCCUUUAAUAAUUCUUGUGGCUCUUCUCUGAACUGUCUCUAUUAAAAUACUCAAGGAUCAAGUGCUUUUUGUUAAGGAUCCAACUCUCCAUUCCUCUAACUGAGGGCUCAGAGAGCUUCCAAUAUGCAGUUCUUAGGCUAUGACUACACUAGAGAGCUUACAGCAGCACAGCUGUACUGAUGCAGCUGCACUGCUGUAAGAUCUCUUGUGUAGCUGCUCUGUGCUGAUGGGAGAAGCUCUCCUGCCAACAUAGUCCUGCCCACACCGGCGCUUAUGGUGGUGUAACUUAUGUCGCUUGGGGUGUGUUUUUUCAUACCCCUGAGUGACAUAAGUUUUGCCAACAUAAGUGGUAGUAUAGACAUAGCCUUAGUCACUGAGAAGCUUAACAAAAACAGGAAAGUAAAGUCUCUUCUUCUCUUGAUGUUUCUUAAGAAUUUUCAAGAUACAUUGAGUUUGUGCUCUUUUUUUUGUUUCUUUUAUAGGUAAUCUUUUAAGAGAUUGUUUAAUCAACCAACUGAAUUUUCUUCUAUUGACUGCAUAAUAAAAAUCCUACACAGUUGUCACUAUUCGUUACUGAACCUAACAGAAUAGAAACACAAAUAAGGUUCUAUUAAAGGGCAUCUCUUUGAUGUCCAGAAAAACAAUAUUAAAAUCUAAUUGUCAAGCUUCAGAAAUUUUAUGAAUAAGCAUCAGAAGCCGGUGCUAACAGGCCAGCGGUUCAAAACUAGGAAGAGGGAUGAAAAGGAGAAAUUUGAACCCACAGUUUUCAGGGAUACAAUCAUCCAAGGCCUCAAUGAAGCUGGGAAUGAUCUGGAGGCUGUAGCCAAGUUUCUGGACUCAACAGGCUCAAGGCUAGAUUAUCGUCGCUAUGCUGACACGCUGUUUGAUAUCCUGAUCGCUGGCAGCAUGUUAGCCCCUGGAGGGACACGCAUAGAUGACAAUGACAAGACCAAGAUGACCAGCCACUGUGUAUUUUCUGCAGAUGAAGAUCAUGACACUAUCCGAAACUAUGCUCAGGUCUUCAAUAAACUAAUCAGGAGAUAUAAAUAUUUGGAAAAGGCAUUUGAAGAGGAAAUCAAAAAGCUCCUGUUGUUCCUUAAAGCCUUUUCUGAAACAGAGCAGACAAAGUUGGCAAUGCUUACUGGGAUCCUGUUAGCCAAUGGAACACUUCCUGCGGUCAUAUUGACAAGCCUUUUCACUGACAAUAUUGUCAAAGAAGGAAUUGCGGCAUCUUUUGCUGUAAAGCUUUUCAAAUCAUGGAUGGCAGAAAAAGAUGCCAACUCAGUUACCUCCUCUUUAAGAAAAGCCAAUUUAGACAAGCGAUUGCUAGAACUAUUUCCAGCCAAUCGGCAGAACGUGGAGCAUUUUGCUAAGUACUUCACGGAUGCAGGGCUAAAAGAGCUCUCAGAUUUCCUCCGAGUCCAGCAGUCACUGGGGACUCGUAAAGAACUUCAAAAAGAACUACAGGAACGUCUGUCUCAGGAAUGCCCAAUUAAAGAGGUAGUGCUUUACGUAAAAGAGGAAAUGAAGAGAAAUGAUCUGCCAGAGCCUGCAGUGAUUGGACUCCUGUGGACCUGUAUAAUGAAUGCCGUUGAAUGGAACAAGAAGGAAGAGCUGGUUGCAGAACAAGCACUUAAACAUCUAAAGCAAUACGCACCCCUGCUGGCUGUGUUCAGUACCCAAGGCCAGUCAGAGCUAAUUCUUCUCCAGAAGGUUCAGGAAUACUGUUAUGACAACAUCCACUUUAUGAAAGCCUUUCAGAAGAUAGUGGUACUCUUUUACAAAGCUGAUGUCCUGAGUGAAGAAGCCGUCCUGAAGUGGUACAAAGAAGCACAUCUUGCUAAAGGCAAAAGUGUAUUUCUUGACCAGAUGAAGAAAUUUGUUGAGUGGCUGCAAAAUGCUGAAGAAGAAUCAGAAUCUGAAGGCGAGGAGAACGAAGAUAGUUCAACAAAGCACAAUCUCUAGGCUACUGCCAAAUGCUCUUUGGGAAUGCCGUACUGUUCAAGCAAAACAGGUUUUACUUCAGUGUCCUACAAAAAAAUCAAGACUAGGCUUUCCUUUUGUUUAGAAGAAUAAAGUUCUUUAAUGGAGCUCUGAGGCAUUAGAUGCUCUCCUUGGGACUCUGCCUACGUUAGUGUACAGUGAGUCAGAGUUAAAGACAUUCAGCAAGGAGCCAUAUAGGAAACGUGAAAUGAAAUACUUAUGGACUCCUUUUUCUCAGCAGUCUUUUUAGGUACUGUGAUAUGUGAACACUCCUAUGUCUGUUUAUAGAAUUGGUUGAUCUGUGUUUGUAGCUUAAUAUUAGCUUGGGUAUGUGACUUGACAUCACAUUUUUUUUAAUAAAUGGCUUUUUGUAUCUUA